ACGAACCAAGCUGUGGCGGAGACAAGCCGGAUUUUACAUUGAUUAUCUGUUUUCCGAAUUUGGUUCAAAUGAUUUCUGAACAAGAUCUAAAUUCAUUGCGCCGGAUUUCGGCCAAGCAAUCAAGUUGGUCCAAAGUUGAACUCGACAAGGGUCUUCCGUCUUUAAAUCUGAAGCGUUUUCUCUCUCCCACCAUCUUCCUUUUCUUCAUCUAGAAAAUAUUAACAGUUUCUAACUAUUAUGCCUUCCAAGUUUUCUGCACGCACCUGGGGCACUCGUUUUGAUUCUCUUCCUCUUUCGUCCCCGCCUCUUGCUUCUCCGAAGUCCAGCGCAGCCGCCACGGAGAACGUUGGCCAGUCGUCAAAUCCUGUAGACUCGCCUUUCGUUGAGAAAGUUGAAAAAACAUCUCACGACGCCAGCGUCUUUGUUGGGAGCCUUCCCAUCAAUGUUGACCACAAGGAACUGAGCGCCAUGCUGUCUCGGCACCUUUCCGAAUUUGCCCAAGUCAAAUCCGUCAAGGUUAUCCGCGACUCCAAGGGCGGUGUAUGUGCUUUCGUUCAGUGCGAGGAUGCCGAUUCCGCCACCAGACUAAUCCAGACACUCCAGACUUCUCCCCCGAAGCCUUUCUUUGGCCGAAUCUUGCGGUUUGAGCCCGCCAGAGCCUAUCGUUCAUUGUUAAUAUCCUAUCGUACACCAACCCAGAAAAUCAUCUCUACGAAUGAAAAUUCCUCGGCUGAGAGCAUUGUCGAGCUCACUCUUCCUGCCGCUAUGAGGAUCAACAAAUUCAAAAGUUCAAAAUCGGCCGCAAUCUUCUACAACGACGAAGCUAUUCAUAUGGAAACACAAGCUGAAGGGAUCUCAGCUUCCACACAUGAAAUGAGCUUCUUUCAAGCGCCUGUGUUUUGCGAUGCAGCUACCCUCAAAGCCAUCUGUGGUUUUUUCGGACCCUUGGAACAUUUCCUGUUGUUGAAAACACCAGGCAAUGAUGGUAUUGAUGAUGAGGAUCUGUCUUCCUAUCCGGCUCCGCACGAUGCACCUCGCCAAUCCCAUAUGGACCAGGGUUGCUUCGACGUGAAAUGGACACAACGCGAUGACUGCAUGAGCGCGUUCAUGGCUCUUCGCCGAGUUCCUCAUUUGACUGUUACUUGGGCACACGUCGCGCCUGAGCGAGAGAUACUCCACCCGAGUCGACUGAAUCAACCGUACCCGACCUUCCCGCGAGUACGCUCUGUAUCGGGCACGGGUCAUUCCUCUGCUCACUCUCCGCGGGGCCUUGCUCCCCGUCCAAACACAACCGACUCGAAUAACUGGAAGAUUGUUCCUCAACCCCAAUCUGCACAUCCUGGUACGAUUCUGAUCCCUCAAGAUGAACCUGACUGCAAUCAAGGCGCAGUGUGCCUCGAAACAGACUUUCCGCCCCUCGCUGAUCACAAGACGCACUUUCACUCUGAUUUUGGCGGCGACGUCUGGAUUGAGAAGGAGUAUUCAGCCGAAUUUGAGAAAGAAAAGACCGAACGAGGCUUCGUUGAUAAGUCGACUCUCGGCACAACACCUCCCGGGGCUUCCCCAAAGAUGCUUUGUAAUGUUCAUCCUCUGAGGUCUGACUAUCGCAGCGUGUCAAUUUCUACUUCGAUCCCCGAUUCUACUAGUCAAGAGCUAGAGCUACAACUGACCCCGGCAUUGGCUCGUUCUCCUGUGACGCCCAAGACCCCUGGCUCAUUAUUUCCUCCCACACCUACCAGCUUCAAUGACGAGCGCCCGACUCUCUAUUUAAAAGAGACAGACGAUGAACUUUCAUACAGGACAGAGGGGGUCUCGGGCGAACAAGUCCUUGAUCCAACUACACUAUUUGUUGGUGGAUUAGAAAUGCGUGGUGCGGGGGCUUGGGACGAAGGGAAAGUCUAUCGUCUGUUUAAAAGAUUUGGCGGCCUCGAGACUGUUAAAGUUAUCCGCCCAAGUAGUGGCAAGGCUGCGUUCGCGUUUGUUACCUUCACUAACGCCGAAGGUCCUGCGCGCGCAAUAGCCGAGUUGCAUAAUCAUCUGGUUGAAGGUCGGCCCAUCAGAGUGCAACUCCGGGACUGCAAUCCCUCUCGUAGUCCUUUCCGAGUUGUCAGAGGUCGAGGACGCUAUCCGCUACAUCACGGACACCAAUUCCUCAAAAGUCAUCAGAGUGAAUCCAAAAGAGACAAGUCUGUAGAUGCCAGCCUUGGAAAAUCUGUAACAGAGGUCAUCGAGACAUCUUGUCCACAGCCAUCGCCUCUCGAACCAGCUUCUGAAACUACUAAAAAUGAACCCAAUGCUGCUGGCUCGUCUCACAAGUCAGACGUGGAACUUCCUACCCCUCAGAUGCAGGAGCCCGAACCUUAUCGAGAAUGGUAUGAUGUGGAGAACCAUUUGCCUGAUUCGGUUGCUACUCCUUCGGUUGGCAAUUCCUUCACCUUGGAGGGAGGCCCAGGGAUGCCCUAUCCCUUCCCCGCCUUCUAUGCACCGGGUCCUUGGAUGCAACAAUAUCCUCCUCAUGCACACUAUCCAAUGGCUUUCUAUCCGCCGAUAUAUGCAGUUCCACCUAACCCUCACCCUCCGCGGUAUUCUGGGUCUUCUGGAUCAGAUGCUAGUGGGCCCACAUCUUGCCCCCCUUUGAUGCCUCAAGGACCAUGGAGUGCCAGUGCUAACUACGGGUACAUUCCUUACCAUGGAUUUCCUCAAGUCACGGACUCAUCGUCUCCGCAAGGCCAAGACCAAGCGCCGGUGGUUCCUACUGGAUUCUUCCGAGAUGAAGCAGGCACCCUGAUUCCUGUUUAUCCAAGGGCAAUCAUAGAUCAAUAUAUGACCAAUAACCCUAGCCAGAGUAAUUCACCACCUGUAGGCGUUACUGUCACGGUCCCUGCUACAGUCCCUUCUCCAAUUCCUGUUCCACCCAGUGGACCAAUCCAAGCCUGGGUCCCACCGGGUCCGCCGAUGUUUGGGCACGGUCCCAAUCAGUUCCCUUCUCGUAUGGGUCCACUCGGGCAACCUUCCGGGUGGAUAACACCUGGUCAAUCAAUGAACUCUCAAGCACAUCAUGCUCAAGGCUUUCCUCCUUCGUUUGCCAUGCCAAUGAUUGGAGCUCCGCCGUUUCGCGAAGGGUUUCAUAGUGGAAUGGGACAAGGAAAUGGACACAAACGUCAAGGUCGUCGGGACAAUUUCCAUGCUAAACGCAAUAAUGGCACUCGAGGGCGAGGAUCCGGUGCAGCUGUCACCGACACUACUCAUGUAGAUGGACGAUUGAACAGCAAUAGGCAGGUUUCAGGAGAUUGGACACAUUGGCCCGAGGCUCAUCAAGGCAUCGGAAUAAUUCCUAUCUCUUAAAAUUUUCACUUACAUUUUGAUCCUGGUUCAUCUUCGUCGUCGUAAGUAUCAUUUUCCGCAUAUAUGUGUGUUACGUCUUUCUCCGCAGGAGUUUCGUUGUAAAAUCCAUAAACUAAUUUACCCACUUUCCUUGUUGAAGUUUCCUUGUUGAAGCUUCCGCACAUGACAUUCUCUUUCUUCUAAUCAUCAUUGUUUUUUCGUUUUCUUUUUACUUUCGCUUUCGAUUUUGAUGUAUGUUAUCCUUUGUCGUUGAUUUCGUUAAUCCCUAAUUCUAAAACGUUCCCAUCUAUACUCCUCUACACUCCUCUACCUCC